CAUUGACUGUCUUGUUACCUUUGAACCUAUCACUGCAACUCGAGCUUAGAGCAACCAUACAACCAACCAAUCAGUAUACUAUACUUCUGAACCAACAGAACAAACCAACAUGUCUUCUUCAACUGCCAACCAAUCGUACAACUACCCGGCCUACAGCAACACCUCUGGUGGCUCGACUUACACGGGCGGCCAGGCUGCUUCCACCAGCACCCAGCUUCACCAGUGGGCCACCACUACAGACCCCACAGAACGAUUCUACGUCACAGGCGAAAGAACAGGUCACGGUGUAUGGCAAGGCAUGGAUAAGAUUAUGGCUUUUGACAAAGUUUACAAUCGAUCGAAAUAAGGAUAUCAAUGGACAUGUAUUGUGUUGUGAGACAGGAUAGGGAAGGUUGUGGCUGUGAACUUUUUAGCGUGGCGUUGGGGAUAGAAUUGGAGCCUUCAAGUCUUCUGGGCAUUGUAUAACAGAUUCGGCAGUUCAACUCUGAUAGAAUACCUUUUUACUCAAUC